AUGAUCGCUACCAGUCCUCUAUCCGCUCUGUCUCUGUGUAUUGCAGCCGCGACUGCGACUUCUGCAACCCAUUAUCAACCCCGCGACGUUUCGGCUGCAUGCAGCUCCUUGGAGCAGUCCUGGGCAAAUGUCACCUACUACCCGGGUAAUAGUAAUUAUACAGAGCUAAAUGAAGACUACUUUAGCGCGGAUUCAUGGCUCAGCCCGGCCUGCAUCUUUGCGCCGACAACCGCCGAGCAGAUGUCCGGGGCGGUGCAGAUCUUGGCACGGACAGGAGUCUCUUUCGCCAUGAGAGGAGGAGGGCACAUGCCCAUUGCCAAUGCCGCCAAUAUUAACUCAUCCGGCGUCCUGCUUUCGAGCUCUGGCAUGACCCAGCUACAGCUUUCCAAGGAUCAGUCGACCAUCGAAAUUGGCGCUGGUAACAAAUGGGGCCAAGUUUAUGAAUACCUCGAACCAUUCAAGCUUGCAGUGAUUGGUGGUCGCUCAGGUCUCGUGGGCGUGGCUGGGUUUAUUCUUGGUGGUGGCAUCUCGUUCUUCGGCAACCAGUAUGGCUGGGCAUCAGCAAAUGUGGCUCAAUUUGACUGCAUCCUUGCAAACGGCGAUUUUGUCUCUGCCACUCCCACGAAUGAAUAUUCUGACCUGUACUGGGCUCUCCGGGGUGGCGGUAACUCGUUUGCUAUUGUAACCUUUUUGCAUCUCAAGACCGUCAGCCUCCCAGAGGUCACCAUUGGCCAGAAUACAUACAACGAAAGUGUGAGCGAAGAAUUUCUCGACUAUGUCAUCGGCUUCGCCCACAAUGGUUCUGGGGAUUCCAAAGCAGCCCUCGAGCCCAUGGUCCAGUCAAUUAACGGCCAGCUCACCUACAACGCGAUCAUGUUCUAUGACGGCGCCAACACCUCCCCCGCUGCACUGCUCAACUUCACGGAUGUUAUGCAGCCCGUAAACUCCACUUUCGAGGUCCGACCAUCCAUGUACAACUGGACGCAGGCGGCUGACCCCGGCCGAGAGGCCCUUAGAGGCCUACGCGCCCGUUUCCAGGUCAUCACCAUCACGGCAGACAGAGCGGCGGUACAGGUACUCCACGACACAUUUCUCGAAAUGCUAGAGAGCACGCUGGCCAAUGUGGAGAAUCUGGUCGCUGCCCUUGUCUUUGUGCCAAUUACAGAAAAGUUUCUCACUGCCUCGACCAUUAACGGAGGAGACCCGAUGGACGUUGACACUGCGUCAGCCCCGUAUCUCUUCGUCGAGCAAACGUUUCUGUGGUCGAAUGCCAGCGACAGUGCCAAGAUUGAUUCAUUCCUAGAGACAUACAACGCCAAUGUCACGGCCCAACUGAGCGUAAUGGACAAUGUGUUGUCUCCUUACCUGUACCUCAACUACGCCGAUUCUACCCAAGAUGUUUUCAAAGGCUACCCACAAGAUAACGUCCUGAAAUUGCAGAGUAUCCGUAACAAGUACGACCCGAACAUGACUUUCACCAACCAAAUGCCCGGCGGUUGGAAGAUUCAUGAAUAA